GCGCGCGCGAUUGUGUGCGCGCGCAGAAGCCCGGAUGGAUCGUGGCUUCCGGCGCGCUCCCCUCGGGCUGUAGGGGUCGCGAGUUGGCUGUCGCUCGGCCCGCUCUGCUCCUGUUGGGGCAUGUGGGGGCCUGCAUGUAUAGGGAAAUGGACCUAGGGCUGCCUGAUGGGUAGCCCUAAGCCCUCUGACCGAGGUCCUGCCGCUUCCGCCGCCAGGAACCUCCUUCUGCGGACCUAGCAAAUGUGCAAUACCAACAUGUCUUUGUCUCCUGAUGAUGCUGCAAGCACCUCACAGAUUCCAGCUUCGGAACAAGAGACCCUGGUUAGACCAAAUGCAUUGCUUUUGAAGUUGUUAAAAUCUGUUGGUGCACAAAAAGACACGUAUACUAUGAAAGAGGUUAUAUUUUAUCUUGGCCAGUAUAUUAUGAAUAAACGAUUAUAUGAUGAAAAGCAACAGCAUAUUGUGUAUUGUUCAAAUGAUCUUCUAGGGGAUUUGUUUGGAGUGCCAAGCUUCUCUGUAAAAGAACACAGGAAAAUAUAUACAAUGAUCUACAGGAACUUAGUAAUAGUCAAUCAGCAGGAACCAUCAGAUUCAGGCACAUCUGUGAGUGAAAGCAGGUAUGACCUUGAAGGUGGGAGUGAUCAAAAGGACCCUGUGCAAGAGCUACAGGAAGAGAAACCUUCAUCUUCACAUUUGGUUUCUAGACCGUCUACCUCAUCUAGAAGGAGAACAAUUACUGAGACAGAAGAAAAUUCAGAUGAAUUACCUGGUGAACGACAAAGAAAGCGUCACAGAUCUGAUAGUAUUUCCUUUUCCUUUGAUGAAAGUGUUGCUGUGUGUGUAAUAAGGGAGAUACGUUGUGAAAGAAGCAGUAGCAGUGAAUCAACAGGGACUCCAUCAAAUCCGGACCUUGAUGCUGGUGUAAGUGAACAAUCAGGUGAUUGGUUGGAUCAGGAUUCAGUUUCAGAUCGAUUCAGUGUAGAAUUUGAAGUUGAAUCUUUCAAUUCAGAAGAUUAUAACCUUAGUGAAGAAGGACAAGAACUCUCAGAUGAAGAUGAUGAGGUGUAUCAAGUUACUGUGUAUCAGGCUGGGGAGAGUGAUACAGAUUCAUUUGAAGAUGAUCCUGAAAUUUCCUUAGCUGACUAUUGGAAGUGCACUUCAUGCAGUGAAAUGAACCCUCCCCUUCCACCACAUUGCAACAGAUGUUGGGCCCUUCGUGAGAAUUGGCUUCCUGAAGACAAAGGGAAAGACAAAGGGAAAAUGCCUGAGAAAACCGAACUAGAAAACUCAACACAAGUAGAAGAAGGCUUUGAUGUCCCUGAUUGUAAAAAAAAUACAGUGAAUGAUUCCCAAGAAUCAUGUGUUGAGGAAAAUGAUGAAAAGAUCACACAAGCCUCCCAAUCCCAAGAAAGUGAGGACUACUCUCAGCCAUCAACUUCUAGUAGCAUCAUUUAUAGCAGCCAAGAAGAUGUCAAAGAGUUUGAGAGGGAAGAAACACAAGACAAAGAAGAAACUGUGGAAUCUAGUUUUCCUCUUAAUGCCACUGAACCUUGUGUGAUUUGCCAAGGUCGACCUAAAAAUGGCUGCAUUGUCCAUGGCAAAACAGGACAUCUUAUGGCAUGCUUUACAUGUGCAAAGAAGCUAAAGAAAAGGAACAAGCCCUGCCCAGUAUGUAGACAGCCAAUUCAAAUGAUAGUGCUAACUUAUUUCUCCUAGUCUAUAAAAGUAGGAUUAUAUAUUUCUAACUGUGUAACUCUGAAAAUUUAGACAUGAAAUUUUAUUUUUUUACACCGGUUAGAGCCAAAGCCUAAUUGCGUUACUACAUGUUGAUUUGUUUUCUCUAGUGUAAUAUUUCCUACUUUGUAAGAGGGAAUAGUUAAUAUUUAUUUUCUUUAAUGAGAAUUUCACUUCCAUUUAUAUUUUAUAUUUAGGUUUUAAUGUAUUUUGGAUUGAAUAUAUAGCUCAUCCUUUACCCCUGCCACUCAUAUUUUAAAUUCCACUUACAUGAGAAGUAUCCAGUCUUUUUUAAAAAAGUACUAUCCGUGGAGUAUUUAAAUGUAACUUAUUUGGUACCUUUCAUAUAAGGAGAAAAAGUUUGUGAAACAUUUAAUAUUUAAAUUUUAGGUGCUCUUAAACCUUUCAUCACAUAGCGUCUUAAAAUACUCUUGCCAGACGUAAAAGAAAUUGUUGGGUAAGCAAAAUUGUUAUUCUCCAGCUUCUUUGGUAUAGUAAAGAAUAGGUGGUAAUGAUGUUCAUUUGAGAGGUCUUUGAGAAUCGCCAUCAUUUACCCACAAGACAAAACUUUUUAAAGGCUACCUAGUACAAUAUGGAAUUGUCCUAGGCAUCUAACCUAUAUAUCAGGCCCUUUUCCACACCUAAUUUCAGGAUGCAGUGCAAUCUGUUAAGUUGAAAAAUUGUAAGACACUUUCAAGUGCCUUCCUGAGCUAGGUCACAUGGUUUCUGAUAGUUACUUAGGUUUCAGAUCUUUGCUUAAGGCAAGUAUUAGAAGCCAGUGAAAUCACAAAGACUAAUUGAGAAAUUUAAUAAACAGAAGGACUGUUUGUUUUUAAAAUAGUUAGAAAUGUCACAACUUCGCUAUAUUGUCUGGAAAUAACAGAUCACUUUUCUUUAAGAAUGAUAGGGUCAGAACAUAGAAUUCGAAAAUAUCAUACUGCACAGCAAGUUUGUGUGCCCGUUACUAAUGGUACAUAAAAACAAAACUUACACACACAUAUAUGUCUUACACAUAUACAUGUAAGUAGGAAAAAAUGGCUGAAGCAAUCAGUACCUUAUCCAAAGAGUGGUCUUCAAAUACAGUAAAGCUUUAUUAAUUUGGGAUUUAUAAUACUUCAAGUAUAGAAGUAGAAUUGAUCCUUUCAGAGCAGAAUUAUUAGUAAAAAUGAGAUUAUGAACAUUUAGGAUAUGCAGUAAUUAUGCUAUUUAGAAAACAUUCACAUGUGCAUCAUUUAAUAUACAUAAUUAAUUGUAAAUUUUUGGGUUAGUAUACAUAAAUUUAUUGAUGUGUGAAUAAAUGAUUAUUAAAUGAUUAAGCAUUGUUUCAAGAAUGUGAUUAUUGGAUCUUAUAAAUUUUCCCAUAAUGAGUUGUUAAAAUAAAAAUUAUAUUUGAAUA